AUGCAGAGUCAACAGCCAAUGUACCCCGUUCUUGCUUCCAUGAAUCAUCCCCCACCGCCGCUGAGGCAUUACCAUGAUCCUGCUUUUACACAUCACCAGCCUAUGCAGCAGGCAUACAUGCAUCUUUUACAGUCAUACUGGGCAAGGCAGAUGCAUGAGAUUCAAAAUAUGCCACAGGAUUUCAAGGUUCAUCACUUGCCAUUGGCACGUAUCAAAAAGGUUAUGAAGACAGAUGAUGAUGUUAAGGCCAAAAUGAUUAGUGCUGAUGCACCCAUGAUCUUUGAUAAGGGCUGCGAUAUUUUCAUUACCGAACUCACCCUUCGAGCAUGGAUCCACGCUGAAGAGAACAAGAGACGGACGCUUCAAAGAAGCGAUAUUGCAGCAGCCAUUGCCAAGACAGACAUGUUUGAUUUCCUAAUCGACAUUGUCCCCCGAGAAGAAUACAAGUUCUCACUUCCUAAGGAGCACAAGUCACACCAUGGAAUCCACGGGAUUCAUGGCAUUGCAAGUGCAGGUACUUCAGAUCGCCGCCGAAGUCAGGAAAUAUUCCAGCCUAUGCCUGGACCAGGAAGUGCUACGGGGCCAAAAGGACCAUCAGGAGGGGUGGGUAUAGGUAGUAGUGGUGUUGAUCCCUCAACAUCUAGUUUAGGACUGAGUGGGUAUUAUCCUUACGACAUGAUGGAGAAUGGAGCAUUUGCACUGGUAAGGAAGUAA